AUGUCGCACAAGGGCAAUAGUGGCAAGGGCAAAAAGUCCUCAAAAACAGGAGCCGAGAGCAAAAGCGAGGAUGUUCUCCAGGCGGUUCGUAUUCUUCAGGUCCUCGCCGACUCCUUUCAAGACAGAUUCAAGCCCUUCACCACCGAGAAGCCAAGAUGUCUUCUCCCUCUCGCAAACACCCCCCUCAUCGAGUAUACCCUUGAAUUUCUAGCCAUGAACGGUGUCAACGAAGUCUACAUCUACUGUGGUGCUCAUACCGACCAAGUCGAAGACUACAUCAGCCGAUCUCGGUGGUCAGCAGCCGCGCGCACAUCUCCCUUUUCCGUUCUACAAUUUGUCCGAGUCUCCGAUGCACGAUCAGCCGGCGAUGUUCUACGAGAUAUGGACAAGAGAUCUCUUGUCGACGGCGAUUUUAUCCUCGUUCAUGGCGACCUCGUGUCCAACAUAAUGCUUGAUGGUGCUCUGGCGGCGCACCGAAAACGGAGGCAAGACAGCGCAGCCAAUAUCAUGACAAUGGUGUUGCGCAGUGGUGGAGAGGAUGAUCACCGAACAAAGACGAACGGAAUCACGCCCAUUUUUGUGGUCGACACAAAAACUCAACGAUGUCUUCACUACGAUGAGAUGAACCCCUUGGCAAGCGAUCGAUACAUGUCAUUAGAUCCAGCUGUCGUGGAUGAGCUAUCAACCGAAUUCGAGAUUCGAUCCGACCUCAUCGAUGCUCAGAUCGACAUUUGCACACCCGAGGUACUUGCGCUUUGGUCAGAAAGUUUCGACUACGAGCUUCCCAGGAGGAACUUCCUUCACGGCGUGCUCAAGGACUGGGAGCUGAACGGCAAGAUGAUCUAUACCGAGAUUUGCGAGGAGGGUUACGCAGCCCGAGCAAGCAAUCUACAGCAGUACGACGCCAUCAGCCGCGACAUUCUAGGCCGAUGGACUUAUCCCUUCAUUCCAGAGUGCAAUAUUGUUCCUAAGCAGGCUUACCAGCGUCACAGACCAGGGGUUGUGGUCGAGCACGGUGCAUUCUACGCGAAUACUUCCCAAGUCCAGAACUCGGUCAUCGGACGCAACAGCUACAUUGGCCCGGAAAGUAGAAUCUCCAAUUGCAUAAUCGGACGAGACUGCAAGAUUGGCAAGAAUGUCAUUUUGAAGGACUGUUACAUCUGGGACGACACCACUGUCGGGGACGACGCAAGAAUAUACCGAUCUAUCGUGGCAGAUUCGGUCACUAUUGGAGAGAACUCAACUAUAGCAGAAGGCAGCCUCAUCUCCUUUGGUGUCACCAUUGGCAAGAGCAUUAGUCCCCCUAAAGAUACUGUUAUUUCAUGCGUCGAUUCUGAGGGCAAUCCCUUGACGCCGGAUACCGAGUUGCUUGGAUCUGGUACCAACGCCGCAGCAUUCAAGGACCCUGAGGACGAUGAGGUUGACGAGAGAGACCCCUGCCAACUUCAGAAGAGUCUCAUGUACAACCUUUCCCAGUUCAAUAUCUCCACCUCAUCGGUGUCGACACUGUCUUCCGAAAUCUCUGAAGAUAUUCCGGAUGAGAAUUCGCUGCACAUCGACACCACCGACCCUUCCCGCCGCACGUCCUUCGCCUCCGAUGAUGCUGGCGACAAACUCUCAUUCCACAGCGAGGCCGUACACGGUCUGGUCGACGCUCUUCGUGCCGAGUCCGGUGAUUUCGAUUCGGCCAAGCUUGAGUUCAUGGGCUUGCGUCUCUCCAACGAUGCCUCGGACGCUAUGAUGCGCCGAGCUGUGGCCACUGCAUUUGCCCGUCGCGCAGUCGAGCUCAUGACCCCCGAGCACGGCAAUCUCGAACCCAGCAAGGCUGCUGAACAAGCGUUAAGGGCUCGCAAAGGUGCAACAAAGUUCAUCAAUGAGGUCGGAAUUGGUGGCGACGAUGAUAAUGAGGCCGAGCAAGUCGAGUUCAUCAUUGCACUCCAGAAGGCACUCACGCGCUCCCAAGGACCUGAGCAGUCCCGUGUUGGCACUCUCCUCGCCGCCAUGCUACAGCAGCUAUAUGCGCUCGAUAUCCUUGAGGAGGAGGGUAUUCUGAGUUGGUGGGGGAAUGAGCGUGCCGUUGAGGGUGAGGCUAUGACAUUGCUGAAAGAAAAGUGUCGCGUGUUGGUGGAGUGGUUGGAGAACGCCGAGGAGGAGGAUGACAGUGAUGAGGAAUAG